AUCGAUCGGCAAAGUUUCGCAAGUGUACAAGUGAGCCCAGCAAGUGAAGCCUGCCAGGCUAUAUAGAAAACCCGGCGCCCUCGCGACCCGACCUCCUCAUUCUAGCCAGGCGAGAGCAAAAGGUAGGGUUUCCAGUUGCAAGCCGCCCCGCCGCCGCCGCCAUGGGACACUCGAACGUCUGGAACUCGCACCCCAAGAACUACGGCCCCGGAUCCAGGGUUUGCCGUGUCUGCGGCAACUCGCAUGGCCUGAUCCGCAAGUACGGGCUGAUGUGCUGCAGGCAGUGCUUCCGCAGCAACGCCAAGGACAUCGGCUUCAUCAAGUACCGUUAAGAAUGGAAACCUCAAAGGAAGCAAGGGCUAGGAAAUUAUCAACGAACUGUGGUGCUUCAUCGAGUCUGAUCUUUAUCCUAUAAGCUAUGUAAUGAACUACUAUUAAUGUUUGAAUCCUGGUGACAAAACCAUGAAACCAUGUUAGUGACUGCUGUUUGAGCAUGUGAAACCGAUAAUUCUGUUCCUGUCGUGCCAUUAUGGUUAGAAGGUUGCUCUGCAUCCUUAUAUUUUUAUUA